GUCUUGUUUUUGCUGAUAUCCUUGUAAUAUAUAAAACUAGUGUUUGUUAUUCCUCCCUACUUGUGUUGAAAAUUUGUAAUUGAAUUAAAUAACUUUGUUUGUUGUUUUGUUUAUUUUAAUACACAUUUGCAGCUGAAAGUUACAAGGAAACCCAGAUGGUAAAGAUUAAAGAAGAACCAAUGGAAGUUGACAUUCAUGAAUCGCAGCCCUCCAUUUCACCCAGCCAGACUCUGGGUUACAGCACUUUAUUAGGGAGAGACAGAACUGAACACAUACAGAAGGUACCAGAGGCCCGAAUGCUCCCGGAGAGAAACCUCUUCAGCCAGGAUAUAUCUGUGAAAAUGGCUUCAGAACUGCUCUUCCAGCUGUCAGAAAAGGUGAGCAAAGAGCACAAUCACACUAAAGAUAAUACCAUCAGAACCACAACCAGCCCUUUCUUUUCUGAAGAUACAUUUAGACAAUCGCCAUUCACUUCCAAUUCAAAAGAUCUCCUGCCCAAUGAAACUGCUCUUCUUGGAAAGAUAUCAGCACCAGACACAGAAAGGAUAGGGCUGGAGGCAGGAAACGGAUUGCCAUCUUGGAAAUUUAAUGAUCAGCUCUUUCCUUGUGAUGUGUGUGGAAAAGUGUUUGGUCGACAGCAGACAUUGUCCCGACAUCUCUCACUGCACACAGAAGAGAGAAAAUAUAAAUGCCAUUUGUGCCCCUAUGCUGCUAAGUGCCGUGCUAAUCUGAACCAGCACCUGACUGUCCAUUCUGUGAAGUUGGUGAGUACAGACACUGAGGACAUUGUCAGCGCUGUCACUUCUGAAGGCAGUGGAAAGAAGCACUCUUACUAUUACAGCUGUCAUGUAUGUGGAUUUGAGACUGAGAUGAAUGUCCAGUUUGUCAGUCAUAUGUCCCUUCAUGUGGAUAAAGAGCAGUGGAUGUUUUCUAUUUGCUGUACAGCCUGUGAUUUUGUCACCAUGGAAGAAUCAGAUAUGAAGGCUCAUGUCAGCACCAAGCACACAGUUGAAGAGAGGAAGACACCCAGUGAAUCAAAUAGCCCUUCUUCAUCUUCCCUGUCAGCACUUAGUGAUUCUGCCAACAGCAAAGAAGAUGCAGAUAUCACCCAAAAAAACAAAGGUUCAAACAACCUCCUAGUAAUUUCCGUAGUGCCUGGUAGCCAGACCUUAUUGAACACUGAAGAGAAAUCAGAAAAAGGUUUUGAAUGUGUUUUCUGUAACUUUGUCUGCAAAACAAAAAACAUGUUUGAGCGCCAUUUGCAAAUCCACCUGAUUACACGGAUGUUCGAGUGUGAUGUGUGCCACAAGUUCAUGAAAACACCUGAACAAUUAAUGGAGCACAAGAAAUGCCACACUGUCCCCACCGGUGGGCUCAAUGGAGGACAGUGGAAGAGUUUCAGAAUUGCCCAGGAAAAGUACAGAUUAAUGUGCCCAUUCUGCAUUUACUCCACAAAUCGCCCUGCAGCCAUGGAAUGCCACCUGAAGACACACUACAAGAUGGAAUACAAGUGUCGGAUCUGCCAGGCAGUGAAAGCAAAUCAGCUGGAGCUAGAAAUGCACAUCCGGGAACAUCGUCUUGGCAACCAUUACAAGUGUGACCAGUGUGGCUAUCUUUCAAAAACAGCCAACAAGCUGAUAGAGCAUGUGCGUGUCCACACUGGGGAGCGCCCUUUUCACUGUGACCAGUGCAGCUACAGCUGCAAACGCAAAGACAAUCUCAACUUGCACAAGAAACUGAAGCAUGCUCCACGCCAGACUUUCAGCUGCGAAGAGUGCCUGUUCAAGACCACCCACCCUUUUGUCUUCAGUCGCCACGUGAAGAAGCACCAGAAUGGGGAAUGCCCUGAUGAGGAGAAGAAGGGCCAUUAUUCAACCUCUAAGCAAGCCAACCCUCUCCUAACAGUCAAUAGCUCCAGGAACCUCUUGUCCCCACUCUCAGUCAUGUCUGCCUCCCAGGCACUGCAAACAGUGGCUAUGUCAGCUGCACACAGCAGUGGAGCAGACCCAAACUUGGCAGUGAAGGCCUUGGCCAUAAAUGGCGCCUCUUUGUGCUUUGAUAAAUACUGGAACUCUGAAUUUGCCCAUCUCAUUCCCUUAACAAUGUUUUUCCCCAAGAACCACUUUGAUCUCACAUUCCAUCCACCCAGACCUCAGACUGCACCUCUAGAUGGCACCUCACCUAAACACUCCUUCCUUGCCUACCUUGGACUAACAGAAAGGGCAGAAACUGUCUGAGGACAGUUACAUUCUGUACCAAAAAAUACCCCAACAAACCCAGCAGGUAUUCAUUGCUGCAAAACAUAAACUGAAGAGGUAUGAACACUUGUACUAUAUAUAUCAUUAGUAAGAUUUAGGAAAUGGCUCUGUGUGUAUACUUAUUGCAUUGGCCUGAAAGCUGCUUUAUUAAAUCUCCAGAGAGGUGAACCUACUGCAUACUUCUACCUUCAGAGGCAUGUUCCCAGUACUCUUAUCUAAGAAACAAUUUUGUCUUGUUAAGCUAAACAAGAGUGUCCUUAAUGGCAAUCAGCACUUGUAAAACUACAUAUUGAAGCGUUUUAUUUUUGGUUUGGGUGUGUGCGCGUGAGUGUAUGAAAGAGAGCCUGUCAGUAGUGUGCCAUGAAAUUGCUUUUGCACAUCCUUUGUAUUGGCUUAUUUAAUAAUUAUUAAACUAAUUCUCUUUUCAUUUACUUUCCCCUUUCCUUUUGCCUUUCCCACUCCCCUUUACAUUUUAGAAUUUUGUAACUCUAUGAUUGUUGAGAAGAGCAGUGAGGUUUGGUAUAUUGGCUCAAUGCUGUUUGCAGUUUCCUAUAGCAUGUUUGGUGCCUUGUCCUUAGAUCAUUAGUUGUAAAGAUUUGAGGAUUAAGGUAGAACAGACCUGGAAGAAAUUACUGUCAGCACUGUAGGCUGAGUGUGUGAAAUUGAAGGGUGUGUGUGUAUAUAUAUAUAUGCCUUUAGAGUAUGUAUUAUAUAUACACACAUACACAAAGCCAGAUACUUUACUGUUACGCUGGUGUAACUAAGCUUACAGUCUGGCCCAUAAUGUACAUCUUUUGUUUAAAAAGGGCUCAUAUAUAUAUAUAUAUAUAUAUAUAUAUUAUACACACACACAUACACACACACACUGCAUUACUGCAGUGGUUACCUUUAGUUUGAAAGAACAACUUGUAUAACUAGAAUUCUAUGGUGGUUAAAUCCAGCGGAGGGGAUUUUAAAAAAAGGUUAAAUUCUGGGUAUAAAUGCUCAGACUAAAAAGGCAGUUUUGCACAGUGCUUUAAUCUUGCACUAGUUUGUCACUCGCAAAAAAAGAAGAAAAUGUUUCUUUUAUGGGAUGACAUAUCAGAUUGUAUGUUUGAAAAGGUACCAGCAACUUCUUUGAAAAAGAAAGAUAUAAAAAGGUGCUGUUUAAUCAUACAGUUCUUUUAUACCUUCAACUUUUUGGUUGUAUCUGCAAUUUUCAUGGUCCUAUCAAUAUUAUCCUCCUUGUUAUUAGUACUAUUUUAUUCCUUUUUGUUAAAGGCUGAUAGGGUAUACACUGCUAGAAAGCUAACUUUAUACUUAUUUAAUGCUCUUACUUUGUGGUCAUUAAAAUGACAAUUUUAUAUGUAGCACUUUAUUGCAGUAAGAAGCAAAUGUGGAUUGGUUGUAUAACCUUUGUUAAUCUUAAAAAGCAAACAGUGAUCUUAAAGAAAGAGGAAAAAACUUUGGCUGAAUGUUAAUAGAUCUCUAGUUCUUAAGAUAAGUUUCCAGUGCAAAACAAACAGAAAGGUCAGGCAUAAAAGGUUCUUUCUGUUGAAAUGUGAAGUAUAAAGUAUUUAAACAUUUUCAGAUUAUUUAUCAUUUACAUUCAGUUGAUGUACAAGAAUGCUUUUUUAUUGUGUUAUUGUUUUCCAUAGUAUUGACAUUUGGUCCAGAUCUGUUUUACCAUGUAUUUUGAGAUCUCACUAGCUUUCUUCGGGUUUUCCCCCAAUCAAGCUUUAAAAGAGGUGGCCCUAAUCAGACUUAAUUUUCUACCUCCACAUAUUCCCUAUCUGAAAGCAUCUUCUCUCACACACAGUUAAGAGUCUAAUCCAAAUUUCACUGAAGUCGUUUGGGAGACUUCUAAUAACUUCAAUGAUUUUGAAUCAAGCUUAUGGUCUACGACUAUACCAAAAUAAAGCCCUAAUUCAGGAAAGCUUCUGUGUUUAGGAAAGGCUCUUAAGAACAUAUUUAAAUAUAUGACUAAGGUCCACUGCUCUUAAAGUUAAUCAUGUGGUGAAAUGCUUUCAAAGCCAGGAACAAAGACAUUAAACUCAUCUGUACAUUUUCACACCUUUUAAUACAUGUUAAAAUACUGGAAGCUGUCUGAAAAGAGAAAAUACAGAAUGAGGAGAACCUAAUAUUUUAGCAGACUGUAAUAUACCAGUUUAAAAGUAAAAUAAUGACAAAGGAUUUCCCACCCAGUUUAAAAGUAAAAUAAUGACAAAGGAUUUCCCACCCAAUUGUUUAAGUUCCAACAGAUAUUUUUGCUCCAGUGAGCAUGUGGCUAUUCUAGCUCAGCUAUUAAUAUAAAUCAUCUGUUCCAAAUUGCUGUGUAAAUCUACUAAUAGGCAAGGCAAACCAUUCAGGCCCUGUUUAUCACAUUAUUGCAUCUACUCCAUCAAAACCCUCUGACUUCAUUACAAAUAUGGACAAAAUAGAGAGUACUGAAUAGGCUCUACAUUAGUAACCCAUUCAAAUAAGAACUGAUAAAAGAUGAGUUUCUUUACCCCCUGAAUCAUGCAGUCGGCCUUUCAGUUAAUAUAAUGGUUACAAAAAUACAUUCUCACAGUGUUUCUGACUGACCUUACCACAACAGAGCAAAGAUCUUAAACAAACGGGGAAAAAAAGCCUGCUUGUUCAUCAGCAAGUAAACUACAGGUAUAUAAGGGCAAAGAGGAAGGAAUGUUUAAAGAAUAUUUUCUGUAAACUGAAUUGCAAUAUAAUAAGGCUGAAACUCCCAGGAAUGAGUGUUAUGAAGCUGUCAGCAUGUUAAUCCCAUGUGUUUAAGUUUUCUGCCCAACCUGUAUUUGAAUGAAAAUAAUGUUUGAUAUAACUGAGCAACUUUGUUUAGCACUUUGGAAAAAGACAUUUAAUUCUUUCUGAUGAGGGAGAAAAAUGUAUUUGGAGGUGUUUUAUUUUUGUUAAAAAAAAUAUACAGUAUUUAUAAAAGCCCUGGCAUAUACAAUAAUUGGUUUGCAAUUCAAAGCUAAGGAAAGAUAGCUGGUAAACUUCCACUACUCCAAAGCUGAUUUCAUAGCUAUUUUCACUAUGCAUUCUUAAAUGAAGGUUGGCUUGGGUUUCCAUUCAGUAAUUCAGUUAAAGUUUCAGCACUUUCUUUUUUUCUUUCGGCUGUCCUUUUUUAUUUGUAUUAUGUUCAAAUAUCACACUGUCAAGGUUUGUGUACAUUAAUAAAAAUUUGUAUUGUAUAAAGCUAUUUGCAUUAUAAGGCUGUACAGGGUCAUUUUGACAGUAACUGGUAUAUUCCUUUGCAUCUUAUGUUGCAUUGCCAAUUUCUAGUGUAUCCAGUUUGGAAGUACAAUAUACUCUAAUUAAAAAAAAGGUUGCCUAUACUCUGGUUUCUUUUAUUUUUUCUCCCUUCUUCUUCAUUGUUUUGUCAACUAAUCAUCUAAAUUUAGGGAUUUUUUUUUUUUUUUAAAUCU